AUGUCUGACCUUAAAGACACAAAAAUCAAUGGAAAAUUUCUUAUUGGUUAAAAACUUGGUUCUGGUUCUUUUGGUGAUAUUUAUUUAGCCACUAACACAGAAACAAAAGAAAUUGUUGCCGUCAAGCUUGAAGAUAGCAAAUCUAAGCACCCAUAGCUUCUUUUUGAAGCAAAAAUAAUGAAAGCAUUACAGGAUAGAGUUGGUAUCCCUAAAUUAUAUUGGUUCGGUCAAGAGGCAGGCUGUAAUGUUAUGGUACUUGAUCUGCUAGGACCCUCACUUGAAGAUCUUUUCAAUUUGUGCAAAAGAAAAUUUUCAUUGAAAACAACUAUCAUGAUAUGCGAUUAAAUGAUUUAAAGAGUAGAAAGUGUACAUUAUAAGAGUUAUAUUCAUAGAGAUAUCAAGCCAGAUAACUUUUUAAUAGGUUUAGGUAAAAAAUCAAAUACAAUUUAUGUGAUUGACUAUGGUCUAGGUAAAAAGUUUAGAGAUUCAAAGACUCAUUAGCAUAUUCCUUAUCGUGAAAAUAAAAACUUGACUGGUACCGCUCGUUAUGCUUCUAUAAAUGCUCAUUUAGGUAUAGAAUAGUCUAGAAGAGAUGACUUAGAAGCUAUAGGCUAUGUGUUAGUUUAUUUCUUGAAAGGUUACCUACCAUGGCAAGGUAUUAAAGCAAACAAUAAGUAAGAAAAAUACAACAAAAUUAUGGAAAAGAAAAUGUCUACUCCAGUAGAAAUUCUAUGCAAAGGAUUACCUAUUGAAUUCUCUACCUAUUUGAAUUAUUGUCGCUCUUUGAGAUUUGAAGAUAAACCUGAUUACUUGUAUUUACGUAAGAUGUUCAAAGAACUUUUCUAUCGUGAAAAUUAUGAAUGGGAUUACAUUUACGAUUGGUGUCUUCCUAUUGGAGGUGAAAAAAUUACUAGCUAUUCAAAUGGUAAGAUCUCUAUUACCAUCAACACAAAUCCUCCUUCUGCUUAAAAUCCUCCUGUUACCCUUCAUAUAAACGAAAAUGUUAUGAGCAAAGGAGAUGAUAAAUUUAUUAAGAGUGAGUACAUGAAAGAUAAAUUAGAACAAUUACAAGGACUUGAUAGUUAGGAUAAGAAUGAAGCUCAACAAGAUAACUUGAGAGUAGAUAAUAAUCCAAUAAAAGAUCAUAAAGAUGAAGAAGGAGGUCAUAAUAAUCUUUCUGGAGAGAAUAAAAACAAUGUUUCAAAUGCUCCUUCUGAAGGAAACUAAUAUGGUGCAAUUGAUCUAGGAGAAGUUAAAGUCGAUUUAAAUUAAACUCCUUCAUAAGGAGCUAUUGAUUAUGGCAUCACUCCAGGCUAUGAUCUUGGUGGAGCUUAUGCACCUUAUGGAGAUUAUGGAAAUGCAUUUCAAACUCCAUAAUAUGAGUACAACAAUACUGAAAAUAACAACAUCAGCAAUUAAAAUAUAGAAAACGAUGGCAAAGAUACAGUUUUUAAUAUGAAUAAUUGA